UCAAGGAGUCGGGGAGUCUGGCCCUGCCGCUCUUCUGACCCUUUCCUCUCUCCUCAGUCUCUCACUACUGCUGCUCAGCCUCCCAACCCUCCCACCUCCCACCUCCCAUACAUUUUCCUCCUACUACCACUCUCCCUCAUACUGUACUGUGUGUGCACACUGUGAGCGCGCUGCACUGCGUUACUACUACCACCAAAUCACCCUCAUACUGUAAGUACUCACUUUCUUCUCUUGACUAUUUUUCCCACCUCACCUUCCACACCACCCACUCUCUUCUUCCAUAGCUUGCGCGCAAAACUGCGAUGCAAAAUGCUCGUCUCAUCAUCCUGCUGCCCUGUUUGCUCCCUUUUGCGACCUCGUCGUCGCCGUCUCCAGCACACUGCGCCUACCAGGUCUUGACCACCACCACCCACGGCUCUCCAGCCCUCUGCCCACUUCAUUGACGCGUCUUCGUUGCGUCGACAACCACUGUCAAACCGAACUCAUCCAAAGCCACCAAAGUCUUCCACCGUCAACAUGCCCAAGGCAACAGGAAAAGCCACCAAGACUAAGGGCCGUGGUGCCGAGAAGAAGAAGAAGGACCCAAAUGCUCCCAAGCGCGGUCUCUCUGCCUACAUGUUCUUCGCCAACGAGCAGCGCGAGAAUGUCCGUGAGGAGAACCCUGGCAUCAGCUUUGGCCAGGUCGGCAAAGUGCUCGGUGAUAAGUGGAAGGCCCUGAGCGACAAACAGCGCGAGCCGUACGAGAAGAAGGCCGCUGCCGACAAGAAGCGAUAUGAGGACGAAAAGGCGAAAUACAACGCCGGCGAGGACGACGACGAUGAGGACUAAACGGUCUCGCGCCAUGCACGCUUGACCUUGCGGUCUUUCGCGACAGCGUUCCAAGUCCAGUCGUAUUUCUCUUUUUCUGUCUUCAUGUUUUCACUAGCAAUGAUCGGCUGGGAGGCAGGGGUUAUGGGAGUCAGUUAUGGACAUGGUCGGUAUGCUUCAGAAAACGCAGCUUACGGCUGGAAUCAUUGAGCUUCAGAGGUCAAGUCAUGUCGUCGUGAGGUGUGGCGCAUCAUCACAUCAUCAUCGUCACGAUCACGAACGGGAAAGCUGAGCUGCAAACAUUGCAUGCAUACCUAAGCAUACUAUGAUCCUUGCUGUAUACUAGCUUUUUAUGCAAUGCAAUGUCUGGCAAAAGAUCCAAUUGAUGACUUCUUGCGCGGAUUUCCACUCGAGUAUUCUGUCUAGGCGGAUUGCUCCAUGUUGACAGCCCCAACAAGCGUAGACCCGUGUGCUCCAGUCUGUCGUGAACAGAUUCGGCCAGCUUCAAAGCUCCAUCACCUCGCAUUGUGCCAGGAGGAGCACGAGCACCGAGCGUAGAUGAUCCUUCUGGGGGUCCGUCGCGUUUCAGCCCCCGUUUCCCUACCGCGCUCUUU